AUGUCACAAGGUUUAAGAAAAAGGGGAGCAAAGAAAGGAAGCAGUUCUACUACAAAUACGCUUUCAACAUCUUCUUAUGAUGACGACAUUAAGAAAGAGAAGAGCGUUAAUGUGCUAGGAGAGAAGGAAUCUAACUUGAAAUACUAUGUAAGUUUGGUGGUAGUUACCCUAUUGGCCAUUUAUACAAGAUUUGACAAGAUUGGAACGCCUGAUAGAGUUGUCUUUGAUGAGGUGCACUUUGGUAAGUUUGCAUCUUAUUAUUUGGAAAGGACAUAUUUCUUUGAUUUGCAUCCUCCAUUUGCAAAACUACUCAUUGCGUUUGUCGGAUACUUGAUGGGAUAUGAUGGCCUGUUCAAGUUUGAUUCUAUCAACGAUAGUUACACCCAAAACAAUGUGCCAUAUAUCGGAUACAGAUCUCUUCUGGCUGUUCAAGGUGUUUUGACUGUUCCUACAUUGUUUCUAACUAUGAAGACAUUAGGCUUCUCUGUGCCUGCUUGCGUUAUGUCGAGUGUUCUUGUUUGCUUUGAUAAUGCUCAUGUCAUUGACUCUCGCUUAAUUUUGUUGGAUGCCACCUUACUUUUAAGCGUUGCAUUGACUAUAUAUUGCUACACCAAAUUCUCGACAUAUAGAAAGCAACCUUUUACAAAAUAUUGGUGGAUUUGGUUGUCCUUGACUGGAAUCUCUCUCUCGUGUGUCAUUUCUACGAAAUACGUGGGUGUUUUCACAUAUUUUACGAUUGGCAUUGGUGUUUUACAUGAGUUAUGGAUCCUUCUUGAUUAUAGAAAGGGGUUAACUAUGACUCAGUUUUCGAAGCAUUUUGUUGCCAGGUUAUGGAGUUUGAUUGUUGUUCCAUUCUUUAUUUACUUGUUCUGGUUUUAUUUACAUUUUGCGAUCUUGACUAAAUCUGGUCCGGGGGACUCGUUCAUGUCAUCUGAGUUUCAGGAAACGUUACUAGAAUCUCCAAUGGCUAAAGAUUCGAAAGACGUUCAUUACUACGAUUUCAUUACGAUUAAACAUAAGGAUACUGAAGCAUAUUUACAUUCUCAUUUAUUUGAUUACCCCUUACGGUAUGAGGAUGGAAGAAUUUCUUCCAACACUCAGCAGGUAACUUGUGUUUUUGAUGAGGAUAAUAGAGAGCCAGAGGAUGUAAAUAACCAGUGGCAAAUAUUGCCUGUCGAUCAAGAGAAAGUUAACAGCGAUGUUAGUGUCUACACAAAUGAUAUCGUUCGACUCAAACAUAUUGGGACCGGAGGUUUCCUUUUGACCCAUGAUGUCGCAUCACCUUUAAAGCCAACGAAUGAGGAAUUCACAAUCGCCCACGGAGAAGAUGCAGAUGUAACUCAUUUCAAUGAAACAUUGUUUAGGUUGAGAUUCUCCUCGUCCGGCAAUAAUGCCAAAAAGAGGAAGCUUGUGAAAACUUUGGCGACUCCGAUCAAGAUUAUUCAUGUUGAUACUGUCGUUGCUAUGUGGACACACGACGAUGAAAAGUUACCAGAAUGGGGAUUUGGACAACAGGAGGUCAGUGGAAACAAAAAAAUUCAAGAUAAGGACAACACCUGGAUCAUUGACGGUAUAGUAAAUAUGGCUGAGGAUGAUGCAAGAAAGAAAUAUGUGCCCAAAGUAGUCAAGACACUCCCAUUCCUAAAGAAAUGGUGGGAGUUACAGUUAUUGAUGUUUCAUCAUAAUAACCAGCUCACUUCUAGCCAUCCCUUUGCAUCAAUGCCUGAGGCUUGGCCGCUAGCAUUGUCAGGAGUCUCUUUCUGGAAUGAUAAUGAGGCUAGGAAGCAAAUAUUUUUCACUGGAAAUAUUAUUGGAUUUUGGUUGGAAGUUUGCUUCAUCGCAAUUUACUUGGGUUUGGUUCUUGCUGAUCAAGUAACGAGUCGCCGUAACCUUCAUUUGCUCACCAAGCAGGCUAGAUCAAGACUUUACAAUACAUUGGGAUUCUUCUUCAUUGGCUGGUGUGCCCAUUAUCUUCCAUUUUUUUUGAUGAAUAGACAAAAAUUCUUACAUCAUUACUUACCUGCUCAUUUGAUUGCAGCCUUGUUCUCGGGUGGUCUAGUAGAAUUUAUAUGCUCGAAUAAUUCUACCAAAAGGGAUCAUGGUGUCAAUGGCGUCCAAAGAAACAAGAUCGUCCUUAUGGUGUCCCUUUGUUGCUCCGCAGUUGUUUGGUUCUUCUUCUUCUUUAGACCGGUAACUUACGGAGAUGUCUCUCUUUCUAUUGAAGAAGUAAAGAGAAGGAACUGGUUAGACAUUAACUUGCAUUACGCUAAGUAA